ACAGAGGAACGACCAAUAAAGAGCACCGAUUCAGCAGGUUCGGGGCCAGACAGCGCAGAUGCUUAGAUGCUCCUCAGCUUCUAUCCAUCCUCAAGCUUUCUCUCACAGCCGCAUGACACAGUUUCACCCCCACACACACGCAACUAAACCCUGCGUCUCUAUUCCAUGUUUUGCGCUCCCGCUUAGCGUCAUUCAUCCGCGGUAGUGCAUCUGACAGCUUCCUGCGUUUCCUCCGGACUGCGGGAGAUAUCUGUAUCUGUGGCCGUGUCUUCUGCUCCAGACUGCUGGAUGGAUCGUGGUGGAGUUCUCGGGUGCUGAAAUAAGAGCAACAAGAAGUUCUUGACACAGCAGGGACCUCGAGACCAUCGAAUCACUGCGUCCUGGAAAAUCUGGAUUUUCAGCUUUGAUAUAGUGAAGAUUAAGAGAACAGGUCCAUUAUUUGGAGACAUUAGUCACACAAUGCCUCCAUCAAGGGCGUACAACCAAUCCAUAAGGCCUCCACUGCGUCUCGGGCUUCCAGUGCUUCUGGUAUCUUCUGUACCGGGGAAAAUGUCACAGAGUGCAUGCGAUACAUCAGUAAAGAGCUGUCAUCUCUGGGUUUGCCAUCGAUUUUCUAUGACUCGAAUUGUAAUCAAGACCUUGACAUUAUUUUGACCCUAAACAACAUGUACGACCUCCUUCAGCUUCAUCGUUUUGCUGUGGGACGUGCAGGUGAACAGGAAAUGGCCCGGCUUAAGGACCAGCUUGAACUUUCCAAGAAGCGAACUGGCAAAUUGUGCAAACGUGAGCAGCAGUUAGAGACUAGCAUAAAGGCUUUGCAACGGUGCUUGAAAAAUGAAAAAGAGGAGGUCCGAAAGCUUCGGAGCGUCAUUGCAAGCCGUGCAGCGCAGUACAACCACAGCGUGAGAAGGAAAGAAAGGGAGUUCAGCAGGAUUAGAGAGCACCUCAGUCAGCUACUUACUGAGCAGAAGGACAUGAAGCAGAGGAUGGAGGUGUUGAAUCAGGUGGAGAGAUCUGAAGGCAGGGAGGAUCAGUGGAAAACUGGAAAGACGGAUUCAAGGAGACACGAAACUGAAGUGUGCAGGACCCUUCUGAACGAGUUUGACAAACGGCAGCGGGAACUGUUGCUGGAAAACUUCGAGUUGAAACAAGUGCUCCAGCAAAUGAAACGGGAAAUGGUGGACAUGUUGGGUCCGCAGGACCACGUCCAAAGACAAGAGAAAGACACGGAAUUCACAGAUCAGCAAAUUCCUGAUGAAAAGGAGACGUCUUUUAAGAGGACUUUAGAGAUGUCGUGUGAGCAUGCUCGCGAGAAGCUUACCAACAGCAUUCGGCAGCAGUGGAGAAAGCUGAAAGAUCACAUGGAAAGCCAUGAAAACAAAGAAUCCGUUCGGGAGUUGGGAAAAGAGGUCGACGACGACAUGAUUUCCAAGCAGGCCCAUCAGGAAGAAACCGAACGGCUCAAAAUAGAGAUCCUGCAAUGCAUGGACUUUAUCCAGACUCAGCAGCAGCUCCUGCAGCAGCAGCUGAAUACUCCGUGCGACGAGGAGACCGCAGCCGUCCUGAACGACUGCUACAUGUUAGAGGAGAAGGAACGGUUGAAGGAGGAAUGGAGAACGUUCGAGGAGCAGAGGAAGAACUUCGAAAUGGAGAGGAGGAGUUUUACAGAGGCAGCUAUUAGAUUGGGGCAUGAGAGAAAAAUCUUCGAGGAUGACCGCGCAACCUGGCUCAAGCAUCAGUUUUUAAACAUGACCUUCACAGAGCAGAUGAGGACACAUACCAUUAUAUCUGAUUAUUCUGGCCAAGAACAGAAACACAUCUCAGCUCCCAAGACACCACUUUAGCACUGGGAGUCAAAGACUAGCGAAAGCGGCCACUUUGUAUACAGACUCCGCAGACUACGUUCUCUCUUGCCUGAACAAAGAGAGAACAUCGGCUAAUUUGAGUUCUCCGAAUGUGAAUACGAUUCGUGAUACCUCGCAGAUUCAUGUGCAACUGGCAAUAGUGGCUAACAAUUGCUAGGCGGUGUCGUGCUAUGCUAUGGAUUCGGUAUGCUAUGGCUAUUUUUGAAUAUUUACGUUGUAUUAGGAAAAAAACAAGUUCGAAAUGCAUCAUAGUUCUACAUGACUGAUGAAAUAUAGCUACCAUUGGUCACAUUGUACAAGGUUAUACAACGUUUAAUGCCCAAGCACCUAGCAGUUGUCCAGUUCAUGUGUUAAUAAAAGGUUAUUAAGUGGUGUAUAGGCACUUCGAUGGUACCAGUAAGAGACAGCCCUUUGUGGCUACAUAUGACAGUCAUUUCUUGUGGUAUAGCGAGCAUAUAGGUAUUAUUAAAGGUCCGUGUAUGUCCGUUUCUUAUAUUUUUGCUCAUCUUGAUACAACCAGGAUGUUAAAAACAUUGAUCAAGCAUCAGCCUGUAAUCCGUAAGUAGCUUCAUGAAACAUUCUGGCUUUGUGACAAAGGCAACAAGGCUAACAGGAAAUGGAAAUCUUGCACGUCCUGUUAUACUGUGAACAAAAUCUUCAUACACUCAUAGCGGAACAACCCCAAACAAAACCGAACAACCCCGAACGAACUUUUAUGCCCUACCAUUUCAACUCCUCCACCUCCAGCUCCGCCUCCUUUCUUCCAAACCCAAAUAUGAUCGAUGUUCUAAAGUGCACAAAAUUUCCAAUCUAACAAUGAAUCCUAACCUGGAAGCCGAGUAAAGAUUUAUUAGUGUUUACUCGGGACAUAAUGAAUUUGUAAUGAUGUAGAGGACGGGAUGAUAUAUAAGCAUUAGUGGACAGUAACCAGGUAAAUGUACCGCAAUUCGUUACUGCACUUAAGUAGCCUUUUACGCAUAUUUGGUUUUGGGUUUUUCUUUUUUCGAAACGAACAAACAAAAAAAACAGAUGAAUGGCUGAAGCACACGGACCUUUGUGAUCUAAGAUUUGGAAAAUAUUCAUUAUAUAAGAUUUAAACAAAUAGUUAUAAGCUUUUAGUAUUGUGUUAAUUUAUUUGUAAAUUCACCAACAUGAACUUUCCUGGAAAUGUCUGUGACCCUGUUUCCUUUGAGGAAUGUUUAUCAUGUGGCUAUGCGGAACAAUAAAUCUGUUUUAUAUAGAGA